GCUGGUGUAGACGUCAGACUCGCGCCACUUCUUUGCAGCGCGAUUUGAGAGAGAAGCACGAGCUGUUCUCCGGUGAAACGUUAAACCGUGAAUUUAAAGUGCGUGGAUAUUUCCCGGUGAAACGUUAAAACCGUGAAUUUAAAGUGCGUGGAUAUUUCCCGGUGAAACUAAAAGUGUAACUUGACGUGAGCAGCUAUGGCUCGUAAGGAUUACGCAGCAGAGAAAGACAAAUGCAAAAGAUUCCUGCAGGAGUUUUACUCUGAGGACGACAACGGGAAGAAGGCGUUUAAAUACGGAGCUCAGCUUGUGGCGCUCGCCCACAGGGAGCAGGUGUCCAUCUGUGUGGAUUUGGAUGAUGUCGCCGAGGAGGAUCCCGAUCUGGUGGAGAGCGUCUGUGAGAACGCAAAGCGCUACACGGGUCUGUUCGCCGACGCCAUCCACGAGCUGCUACCAGAAUACAAAGAAAGAGACAUCGUGGCGAAGGAUUCUUUGGACGUGUACAUCGAGCACAGGCUGAUGAUGGAGCAGAGGGGUCGCGACCCCGCAGACACCAGAGAUGCUCGCAACCAAUACCCGCCUGAGCUCAUGAGGAGAUUCGAGCUUUACUUCAAGCCGCCCAGCACCACCAAACCCAAAGUGGUGCGUGACGUGCGAGCAGACAGCAUCGGGAAUCUGGUGACGGUUCGAGGAAUAGUGACCCGGGCCACUGAGGUCAAACCCAUGAUGGCGGUUGCUACGUACACGUGUGACCAGUGCGGUGCGGAGACCUACCAACCAAUCCAGUCCCCCUCCUUCAUGCCCCUCAUCAUGUGUCCCAGCCAAGACUGCGUCACCAACAAGUCCGGAGGUCGCCUCUACCUGCAGACCCGAGGCUCCAAGUUCGUCAAGUUCCAGGAGCUGCGAAUCCAGGAACACAGCGACCAGGUGCCCGUUGGAAACAUCCCACGGAGCAUGUCGGUGUACGCCCGCGGCGAGAACACGCGGCUGGCCCAGCCCGGUGACCACGUGGCCAUCACCGGGGUCUUCCUCCCUCUGCUGCGCUCAGGAUUCUCACAGGCCGUUCAGGGUCUUCUGUCUGAAACGUACCUCGAGGCUCACAGCAUCACGCUCAUGAACAAGUCGGAGGACGACGAGCUCGGCAACGACGACCUGAGUGACGACGAGCUGCGCAGCAUCACAGAAGAAGGAUUUUACGAGAAGCUCGCCGGCUCCAUAGCGCCCGAGAUCUACGGGCAUGAAGACGUGAAGAAGGCUCUGCUCCUGCUGCUGGUUGGCGGCGUGGAACAGGCGCCCAAAGGCAUGAAGAUCAGAGGAAACAUCAACAUCUGUCUGAUGGGAGACCCGGGAGUCGCCAAGUCGCAGCUGCUGUCCUACAUCGACCGCCUGGCGCCUCGCAGUCAGUACACAACAGGUCGCGGCUCGUCUGGCGUCGGUCUGACGGCGGCGGUGAUGCGUGACCCCGUGACUGGAGAAAUGACCCUGGAAGGCGGAGCUUUGGUGCUCGCUGAUUUGGGCAUCUGCUGCAUUGAUGAGUUUGACAAGAUGGCCGACGCCGACCGCACGGCGAUCCACGAGGUGAUGGAGCAGCAGACGAUCUCCAUCGCUAAGGCCGGCAUCAUGACCUCCCUGAACGCUCGCUGCUCUAUCCUGGCCGCCGCCAACCCGGCGUACGGCCGCUACAAUCCCCGCAAGACCAUCGAGCAGAACAUCCAGCUCCCCGCCGCGCUGCUCUCCCGUUUCGACCUCCUGUGGCUGAUCCAAGACAAGCCGGACGCCGACGCCGACCUGCGUCUGGCGCAGCACAUCACCUACGUGCACCAGCACUGCCGCCAGCCGCCGUCUCACUUCACGCCCAUCGACAUGAAGCUGAUGAGGCGCUACAUCGCUCUGUGUAAGAAGCGGCAGCCCGUCGUGCCCGAGUCGCUCGCCGAUUACAUCACAGCUGCGUACGUGGAGAUGAGGAAAGAGGCCAGAGUCAGCAAAGACACGACCUUCACCUCCGCUCGUACCCUGCUGUCCAUCCUCCGUCUGUCCACAGCCCUGGCUCGUCUGCGCAUGAUGGAGAGCGUGGAGAAGGAAGACGUCAACGAGGCCAUGAGGCUCAUGGAGAUGUCCAAAGACUCGCUGCAAGCUGACAAGUCGAGCAGCACGAGGACUCAGCGUCCGUCUGACGUCAUCUUCUCUCUGGUGCGUGAGCUCUCAACGGAGGGCGUGGCGAGCCGCGGCGGAGCAGGCGGCGUGGUUCGCAUGGCGGAGGCGGAGCAGCGCUGCGUCUCUCGCGGCUUCACCCCCGCUCAGUUCCAGGAGGCAUUAGAGGAGUACGAGGAGCUGAACGUGUGGCAGGUUAACCAGGCCCGCAGCCGCGUCACCUUCGUCUGACCAGCACGCUGUGCCCUCUUUCUUCUCUGUUGGUUUCCUCCUGCAGCAUUUUGUAUUAAAGAUGGAGAACAUGGUGGACUACCUGUGAUCGGUUUUAUCUUCACUAAAUGUUUGUAAAUAUGUUUUUCUGUAUAUUUUCUCAUGUUUAGUGCACGUCGUGUUGUGACCAGUAGUUUAAUAAAUGGAUUGUUGGAAACUCUG